AUGAGAAACCGCCAUGGUACCAAUGAUCUUGAUCCUGCUCCAAAUAAACCUAAGAAAUCCGAAUACUCCGAUGUCCUACAGUCAUACAUCAUCUACAACCCACGAGAAGGGCUUCGUCCCAACAUGGCGGCCCGUUCCCGACACGCCUCAGGACCGAAUCCUUUGCCAACUUUGCUGGAGAUAAUCCUCCAUCGGUCCUGUUCAUACUGGGAUAUUGCACGCUGA